AUGGAUGGCAGAUUAAUCUGUGACGGAGUACAGAACCACGGAUCGAAGUCAUUCCUGCCUGCUGUGAAGCGCAAUAAGGAGGGCCUCGAAGAGGUGAUUGCUCGCAUGCACAAGGCACUAGAGAGGAAGAAGAAAGAGAUCACCGAGUUUGAGCUCAAGUACAAGAUCAGGAUCCGGAAGGCUGACAAUGACGCCGAGGAUGAAGGUGGCAAGAAGGAAGGCACUGCACAGGGAGUCCUUGUUGGUCCUGCCGGACAGUAA